AUGGCGACCGCGGCUCGCCCCGCCCGGCCCGGCCCGGCCCGGCCCUGCGCUCCGCUUGCCGCGGCUUCGGGCCCAGGAGGCUCCGCCGCCCGUCCCGUUCCUCCUCGCUCGCUGCGCCGGAGCCCCACGGCCGCUCUCCCCGCAGGGGCUCCGCCUCCCGAGGCGCCGGCGCUGCCAUUGCCCGGCCCCCGCAGGCGGAGCUCGGAGCCCGCGCUGCCGGCCUGGGGAGCGGAGCGGAGCGGGGCCGUUGUGGGGAAUGCUUGUGCUGAAGGGGAAGGAAGGACGUCCUCGUGCUUAAAAAAGAAAAAAAAUCAAGCUCUGGAAGCAGCGUUCAAGCCGGGCUGGACGGACGCUGUCGGGAAGAGCUCCUGGCACGUGGCUCCCAUCAAACAGAGAAAGCCUGCCAAAUUUACAGGACUGGACUGUGGAAGUUGGAAAGAGAAAUCUUCACAGACUCAAGAGGGUUUGAUUUACAGCCUUAGAAGAAGCCUAGAUUGAUGUGAAAGCAAGGUACACAGACAUUGAAUAGAAAAAUCAUGAACUUAUGAUUCUACAGUUAUAAGUAAGUAAAAAACUGUAUGAGAUAAGGUGAUGAAGGGUUUUACAGUGUAGCAAUGUGAUUGUAUAGAAUAAGUUAAGAAUUUAGAUGUUAUAGAGGUAUAUGUGUGUAUGUCUAGUGGCAGCACAUUGGACAAAAGUAUCCACAUUGCAGUAGAAAUAAGUAAAGGUGAUAGGUCAGAAAAGCAAAAUAAACUCCAUGACAUCAGCCUAUUGGGUUAGAAAGUUCUAUAUUGCCUUGGAACAAAGAACCUGUGGCUAUCUUGAGCUAUGGCCAACUGCUUGCUGUCUCAAAAUCUCACAGCCUCUGAGACUGAUGUUUAUUUUAGCAAUAAAUCAUCUUUAGCCCA